CGUGCUUUCAGGGUUAUCCGCCCUAUUCGGCUCAUGUGUUCCUUGUCCGCUGAUGUAGUUCCCUAUGGGAACAGUGAGGGUGAACAAGCGCAUCGCCAAUUGCAUCCGUGACCUCAACGACGGGGGCUUCUUUCAGACGCCCCUUCGCUUGGGCGUCGUGGCCAGAAGCUUGGCCAAGCUUGAUGUGGAGAACGCCUUGCAAGUGCUGCAAGGGGUGGCGGAUGCUGCCUCCUCAGACCCGUCCACACACGAGAACCCAACAGCAAAGGUCUUGUUGGAGGCCUCAUGGCUGGCAGGUGUCGAUUUGACGGAGGCCCAGGAACCGCAACUUCAGUCGCCUGAAGGCACUGCGGCGACCUGCCCGAACUCCGCAGAACUGCCGAGUUCACGCGAAGCCACGACGGCGGACACCGCAAUCGAGGCAGAAGAGUUCUGGCCAGAAGAUGAUGAACAGGAAGAGGCGGACGAGUUUUGGCCAGAAGAUGAUGAACAGGAAGAGGAUCCGGCAAAGUUGUGUGAAGGCAAGGUAUCCAGUCCGCAAGUGCUCCCACCAUGGGCACAGCAGGUAGAGAAGAGAGAGAAAGAGGACGACAAACUGGAUCAGGAGGUGGGAAGUGUUGCUUGCAUCUUGGUGACUGGAUGCGCCCACACGACGGUGGCGCACAUCGUCCGCGGCACAUUCACCGUCAAUGGGCAGAAUCAUGCGCGGCCAACCUACAAGAAGGAUACCAAAGUGAACGGCUUGGACGUGCAGCUCUACUACUGGGAUGGCAGCGAUGAUCCGGCAUUUUGCGGCUGGUGGUUUGGUGCUAAGGUGGGCGGCAAUGACGUUUGGGCCUACGCCGCGUCCAGUACCUUGACGCCGCCGAAGACUGGAUGGAGAGUCCCGAGCGACGGUCCGGUGGACAGCAGUUUCCUCCUCUCAGCCACGGACCGUGUCGGUCAGCGCUCCGGGCGGGCACGGCGACCGGAAGAAUCCAGUUGGAUCCGCGGCUCGGUGCGCGUCUCGAUGCAGCGGGUCAAGCAACGAAGGCGUAGCAGGAGCUCCCAUCAAUCCCGCUCGAAGGCAGACAAAAGAAAAAGAGAGCAAGAAGACGAACCAACGAAUCCGGAGGAUGUGGCCAAGUUGCGAGGAGGCACAGCCGCAUCUAGUUCACCAAAGACGCCUACGAUCGCGACCUGUGCAGCUGCUGCACCAGUGGUGCCUGACCAGGACAAAGAGCAGGAGUUGAAGGAAAGCUCCAGAGAGGAUGAAGUCGGCCAGUCAGCCAUGCUGGACGUGGAGCGGUCGGAGUGCACCGCUUCUCCACCGAAGCCGGACACCGAGCCCGUGCCUGAAGCGAUCGUGCCAGCUGCAACGCCUAAAGCAACGGCUGAUCCAGACGACUCCAGAUCCAAGGACCUCGCCGAAGGUCGCGGUUCUCGAAGGUCGCGGAGCUCAAGCAGCAGUUCAUAUUCCUACGAGUACAGCAGCUCCAGCAGUCGAUCGCGCUCCAGGACAGUGCAAAGGGUGAAGGUGAAGGCGGAGAGCACAGACGAAAUACCAAAGGCAGCUCCACCAAGAGAACAAAGGUGUUUGACGAGUGAUGCCGAGAAAGGGCUUACGAUUGGUCAGAUGGUCGACAAGCAGAUUGCAGACUUGCAAGAUAAGGUCACACGUCUUGAGCAGGCACUUUGCAGUGAAAGGGGCCUGCGGGAAGCAGCUGAUCAAAAGUUUAGAGACGCUGUCCAAUCUUUAGAAGGCAAAGCAGGAGAAUGUCAAAGCCUCCAGCGUGUUCUGGCCAGCGAGCGAGAGAAGCUCCAAGCAGCGCAGAAGCAGGUGGAGGCUGGACACGAGAAGCUUCACGCUGCCGAGAAGAAGGUUGAAGCUGGAGAAGAGAAGCUUCAUGCUACUGAGAAGCAGAUUGAGGUUGAGCGAGAGAAACUGAAGUCGGCUGAAAGGGAGAUUGAGCAGCUGACCUCGCGAUUGGCAGAGCAAAGGCGUAUUUCCAGCAUGGCCAGCAGUUGUGGUGCAUGCUGGCAAUAUGAAGAGAACGGAUGCUGGCACGCUGUACCGCCUGAAGCGAAUGAUCAGAUGCAUCAGGCCUAUUUGGCCUACCUUCGUGAUCCAAGCUCGGGCAAUCGUUGCAGGACCAUCAAUUCAGCAGGGGUCGCCCGUGAAGUUGAUUUCGAGCUGAUGCAGCAAAAGCGAGGUGACACCAACAAAGUUCGCCAGAUUCGGAUUUUGCCCGACGUGCCAAAGCAGUGGGUCUCCACCCCUGCUUGCUUGUUGCAACAGACGGAUGAGCUUCGACAAUUCUACGUCGAAGAGACUGAUCCUCGCAUUUACAGCCAAGUGCAGGAAAUCCUACAAUCAGCCGGCCACAAGCCAGGCUGCUCUUGGAUUUGGACCUCAACCAUCAAGUCAGUGCACCGCAUUGAAAACUUGAGGCUUUGGCAGGCUUAUAAGUUGAGGCGGGAAGCUUUGCGGAAGGGGCUUGCAAGUCACAAUGUGAAUGUCACCCCUGCAGAUUUGGACCUGGACGUUUGUGGUGCAGGGGUCUUGACCAAGAACCAAUCAGUGUUUGACUGUGGUGAGCCGUUGGCCCUAGAUGUGGAUGAGAAGAUUCUCCUGCAUGGCACAAGUUGGGACAACGCAAACUCUAUAGUUCUGAAUGGCUUCGACCAUCGGACAUGCUAUCGUUGUAUGUAUGGCGAGGGGGUCUAUUUCGCAUCUGCCGCGUGCAAAUCCCAUCAAUACACAUGCAACUGUCGUACAGCUGGCUGUGGCUGCAAGAGAGAAAGAACUUUGAUUUUGGCCCGUGUGGCCCUAGGCGACAAGUACUACAGCCAGGAAACCCGGUACCAUCAGCGGAGGCCACCGGUGAGAGAUGGCACGUCCGGGGCGACAUAUGAUUCCAUUGUGGUCAAUCCCGGUCCGAUCAAGGGACAUCACAAUGCAGCCCAGCUGCAUCAGGAGUUUGUGAUUUGCCAGAUGGAACAGGCAUAUCCCAGCUAUGUGAUUCAAUACCAGUUGUGAGCUUUUCACAGACAGAGCCGGCCAAUGUUGUCAAUGCUACUUGCAACUCAUCUCGAUUCAAAA